GUGACGAAGUCCACGCAAUUCUGCACUUAGAUUCAGGAAUUAACAUGGACGCCGGAGUAGCGGGCAAAAGAAAACACUUCGAUUUAGACGAAGAUACUACCAAUCGAAAGAAGCAUCUAGCUGAGGAUGACGAAAAGAAACACACUUCGAUAGUGUUUUCAUUAAAAGAAGAGAUUGGGUCGCUGGCCCGAGCUCUCAAACUUUUUGAGGAUCACAAGGUGAACAUGUCACACAUUGAGUCAAGGCCAUCAAAGCAUUCCAAGUCAGAAUAUGAUUUCAUUGUGGAUUGUGAAGAACUUCAAGGGGCAAAGCUUGAAAAGUUUAUGGAUGCCUUGAAGGGUCAUGCUUUGUCAAUCAUGCUUCAUUCAGAGGAAGGAGGAGUGCCAUGGUUUCCUCGCAAGAUUGCAGAUUUGGACAAAUUUGCAAACAGAGUAAUGAGUUAUGGAGCAGAGCUUGAUGCUGACCAUCCAGGCUUCACUGAUCCAGUGUACAGGGCUCGCAGAAUGGAACUUGCAGAUAUUGCUAUCAACUACAAGCAUGGUCAGCCAAUCCCACAUGUGAAGUACACAGCUGAAGAGAUCAAGACCUGGGAUAAGGUGUUUUCUGAGUUAACAAAGCUGUACCCUACUCAUGCAUGCCGUGAACAUGGUUAUGUGUGGCCUCUGUUGGUGCAAAACUGUGGCUAUAGGCUGGGUAACAUUCCGCAACAAGAUGUGGUGUCAAAUUUCUUGAAAGAAUGCUCUGGCUUCAGUCUUCGCCCAGUUGCUGGCCUGAUCUCCUCACGUGACUUCCUUGCUGGACUUGCCUUCCGAGUCUUCCAUGCUACUCAGUAUAUCAGACAUGGUUCCAACCCUUUGUACACCCCUGAGCCGGACAUUAUUCAUGAGCUCAUUGGUCAUGUCCCACUUUUCGCUGAUUCUGAUUUUGCUCAGUUUAGUCAGGAGAUUGGGUUGGCAUCUUUAGGGGCCCCAGAUGAAUGGAUCGAAAAAUUGGCAACGCUCUAUUGGUUCACAAUUGAGUUUGGACUCUGUAAACAAGACGAAGAAGUCAAGGCUUAUGGAGCCGGACUGUUGUCUUCCUUUGGAGAACUUCAGUAUUGUCUGACAGAUGAGCCAGAGAAGAGGCCGUUUGAGCCUGAGAAGAUGGUGGUUCAGAGCUAUCCUAUCACCAAAUAUCAACCGUUAUACUUUGUCGCCGACAGUUUCCAGAGUGCAAAGGAAAAAGUCAGGGAGUUUGCUGCUAAAGUUCCCAGACCCUUCUCCGUCCGUUACAAUCCGUACACGCAGUCUGUGGAAGUAUUGGACUCGAAGGACCAGAUAAUGAAAUUGGCCAAUGACAUCAAAGGUGACGUCGCCACUCUGCAGGAAGCUCUCGGCAAAUACGAAUAAACGGAAGACUUGUUACUGAGAAGUCUGAGGCAAGCAAAAUGCACAUUUUGAAAGUUUUUCAGACUUUUCUUGUCUUAAAGUAUAAAGUGUUUGCGUUGACAAACUCAACAGAAAUACGUGUUUGGAACAAUGUUAGUGUAGCUUAGGAAUGUGCUGUCGCUGUGGUUAACAUUUUUGGGUGUAAAAUUAUCUUUUGCAACCCAUUUUAUAUUGCAUAUACUAUUAAUAGUCUGUUAUUUAAAGAGGACCAAAUAUUCUACACGCUAAUCUAUUAUUAAACAGACCAAGUAUCAGGCAUGCGGAUAUAUUUAUGGUGUCAACACAAAAUAAAA